UCUUCUUGUUUCAGCUUUCAAUGUUUGAGAAGUCUGUUUCCAAAAUGAGACUAAAUGAUCUCAUGAAGGCUACCAAUGACUUCAGCAAAGAGAAUAUAAUUGGGUCAGGAAGAACAGGGACAAUGUACAAAGCAGUACUUGAAGAUGGCACGUCUCUUAUGGUGAAGAGAUUGCAGGAUACUCAACAAUCAGAGAAAGAAUUUGUGUCUGAGAUGGCCACUCUAAGAAAUUUAAAGCAUCGGAAUUUGGUUCCGCUUCUCGGCUAUUGCAUGAGUAAGAAAGAAAGACUCUUAGUCUAUAAGCACAUGACAAACGGUACCCUCUAUGAUAAGCUACAUGUUUUGAAUGAUGGCGAGAAACCUUUAGAUUGGAAUUUGGUUCUUUCUGACAAGAACUGGGGGAAAGGGGCUAAUCUGAUGGCUAAUAUUUAUAUACAGUUGCAACAGCUUUUAGUUGAACCAAACAGGUGGCAGAUUGUGCUCUCUGCACUGAUUAAGAUACAAAUCAAUACUACAACCACAUUCCAAAAUCAAGUUGACCCAAGGAAACAGAAAAGAGAGGUUUACAAUGAGGUACUCACUGGUUUAAGAAUAUCAACUUCUACAAAGCUUGCAUCAUGCCAGCAAAAGCAUAAGCUGUUGAAAAAGCUAAUUCAAAUGCUCGGUGCAUUAGAAAUCCUCCAAAGAUCCGACCAUGAAUGUUCCUUUGCUGUGGCUGACAAAUUAAAGAGUUCUCAAGUCGAUUCUUUCCUUGUUUUGUUGUCGCGAGCCACAAAAAUGAAGUUGGCCAUCAGAACAACUGAUUCUGAACCGUCAGUUAUCUCUGCGGAGGAAACUCUUUCUUUGUUAAUGCGUGAACGAAAAUAA